CCCGCAAAAUUGAUACAUACUAUCUUUUUUGUUCAGUGACUGUGAUCACGUUCGACUAUUGAGCUAUGACUCUUCUUCCACUUUUGGCUAUCUUGCUGUCUCUUCGUAUGCACUUCUCUUGUGCCUUCAACCCUAGAAAGUUCAAUAUCUCGAGAGUCCAGUCUACGUCCGACUGGUCACCUGCAGGUGCCACAUGGUACGGCGCCGCCAACGGCUUUGGGAGUGAUGGAGGAGCUUGUGGGUACGGGAGUUCUGUAGGGCAACCUCCGUUUUCUUCAAUGGUUUCUGCUGGAGGCCCUUCUCUAUGGAAUUCGGGCAAAGGGUGUGGAGCCUGUUACGAGGUGAAAUGCACCGAGAACGGAGCUUGCUCAGGGAAUCCGGUGACUGUGGUAAUCACAGACCAGUGCCCCAGCGGGCCAUGUGUGUCUGAGUCGGCUCACUUCGAUUUAAGUGGCACUGCUUUCGGAGCCAUGGCAAGUUCCGGUAGGGCUGAUGAUUUGCGUAAUGCCGGAGUCCUGCAGAUCCAAUAUAGAAGGGUGGAGUGCAAUUACCCUGGUGUAUCGUUGACCUUCCGCGUUGAUUCGGGAUCCAACCCCUACUACUUGGCUGUUGUGAUCGAGUAUGAGGACGGGGAUGGUGAUCUCGCAGCUGUUGAUCUCAAGCAAGCUCCAGACUCAAACUCGUGGCUCCCCAUGCAGCAGUCCUGGGGUGCAGUUUGGAAACUGAACUCGGGUUCGGCACUUCAGGCCCCAUUGUCGAUACAGCUUACAUCAGGCAACUCAGACAAGACUUUAGUGGCCAACAAUGUCAUCCCUGCAGGAUGGCAGCCAGGCCAAACCUACCGAUCCAUCGCCAACUUCUAAACAACCGUGGGACUUAUGCUAUAGCUUAGAGUAAUCAAAUAGCUAUAUAGUUACUUUAUAUAGGAAUUGGUCGCUACUAUAGAUGCAGAUCGAUCCAACCGUUUGAGAGACAGUACGAUUAUAUAUGUUCUGAUAUUUAAAUUGAAAAGCCGUAUGGGGCAGAUCUUAUUACCUAUAAUAAGAGAGAUUAUGCGGAUGAUGAUGAACUCUAAUUUUCCGGUAGAGGUAAGCAGGCAAAAGCCUAAUGAAAAGCAGGCACAAA